GGAGCAACGAAGCCAAACCUGCGCCUACGGCUGUACGUCUAUGGCGGUGGCGACCCGUCCGUCUUAUUUUGAAAGGUUCCCCCGGUACUCCGGCUUUUUCACUCACGCUGGAUUAACAUUGCUGCGAGAGCGAGCAGGCGGAGAGGAACGGCAUCUAAAAAACCGACUUGGAAAAACUACUUAUCGGUCUUUGGAGCGGUUUUGUCUGAUUCGCUUGCUCUCGCUGGAGAACAAUCCUUCUCAUCUGCUCCCUCUCAGCGCUCCGAGCCUCAGCCUCCAGGGGGCCACCACUAUGAGCCAGGAGACGCCCGACUCUGAUGGUGACUGUGCUCAGGAUGUGGCUGACUUCAGCUGGGACGACUACCUGGAGGACACGGAAGCCGUGGCAGUGCCCCAUCACGCCUUCAAACAUGUGGACCAGGGACUCCAGACGGGUCUGACCCCGGGCAUGAAGCUGGAGGUGUGUGUCCGCUCAGAGGCCGACGCCCCCUACUGGGUGGCUGCCAUCAUCACCACGUGCGGCCAGCUGCUGCUGCUGCGCUACGAGGGCUACCAGGACGACCGCCGCGCUGACUUCUGGUGCGACAUCAUGACGGCGGACCUCCACCCGCUGGGCUGGAGCCGGCAGCACGGCAAGACCAUGAGACCCCCCGAGGGUGUGCGUGAGAAACAUCCAGAAUGGGAGGCCGUGUUGGAGAAGGCGUUGGCUGAGGAGUGCAGCGCGCCUGCCAGUCUGCUGGAAAUGCCCCAGCGUGGCAGAGACCCGGUGGAGCUCCUGACCGCCGGAUGCUACGUGGAGCUCCAGGACGGCGUGGACCCGCGGUCGGCCUGGGCCGCCGAGGUGGAGGAAAACGUCGGCGGGAGGCUGAAGCUGCGCCUGCUGGGCACCGAGGGCCUCCCGGACACACCUGCGACCCUCUGGCUCUUCUACCUCCACCCACGCCUGCACCCACCCGGCUGGGCUAAAGAGCAGGGCUGCACCCUGAGGCCUCCUUCAGAGCUGCUGGCGCUGCGAACCGAGGAGGAGUGGGAGGAGGUGAGGCAGCGGAUUAGCGACCUUCCCGAGGACGACGCUUUGACGGCAGAGCUCGCUAAGGAUCAGCCCGCUGUCGCAGAUCAUUGUUUUAAAGACGGGAUGAAACUAGAAGCAGUUGACCCGGCGGCACCGAUUUCCAUCAGGCCUGCGACUGUCACCAAGGUGUUUGAUGAGAAAUACUUCCUGGUGACGAUGGACGACCUCUGUGGAAUAGAGGAGUCGGAGGCCGCGGGACGAUCCUUUCUCUGUCACAGAGACAGUCCGGGGAUAUUCCCAGCGCAGUGGAGUCUGAAGAACGGGCUGCCCCUCAGCCCCCCACCAGGUUUCCAGGGCUCUGACUUUGACUGGGCCGACUACCUGAAGCAGUGCGAGGCCGAGGCCGCUCCUCAGCAUUGCUUCCCCAUUGAGCAGGGCGAACACGGCUUCAAAGAGGCCAUGAAACUAGAGGCCGUCAACCCACUGUCACCCGAGAACAUUCACGUGGCGACUGUCACCAGGGUCAAAGGGCAAUACCUCUGGCUCAGCCUGGAAGGUCUGAAGCAGCCAAUGCCGGAGCUGAUAGUUCACGUGGAUUCGCUCGACAUUUUCCCCGUCAGCUGGUGUGAGACCAACGGCUACCCGCUGGUCUACCCCAUCAAGCCCUCAGUAGAGAAAGAAAGAAAAAUUGCCGUGGUGCAGCCAGAGAAGCACAGGACUCCCCCUAAGUCUUCAUCUCCCGACGCCGUCAAGCAGCAGAUCGCCAAUCAGUCUGAGGCGGGGGGACAGGGCAACGGUAAAUACUGCUGUCCGAAGAUCUAUUUCAACCAUCGCUGCUUCUCCGGGCCGUACCUCAACAAAGGCCGGAUCUCAGAGCUGCCUCAGUUUAUCGGUCCGGGGAACUGCGUCCUCGUUCUUAAAGAGGUGCUGACCCUGCUGAUAAACUCCGCGUACAAGCCGAGCCGUGUGCUGAGGGAGCUGCAGCUGGAUCAGGAGAGCCGCUGGCAAGGCCACGGAGAGACACUCAAAGCCAAGUACAAAGGGAAGAGCUACCGGGCCACCGUGGAAAUCGUCCGCACAGCCGAUCGUGUGGCAGACUUCUGCAGGAAGACCUGCGUCAAGUUGGAGUGUUGCCCCAACCUGUUUGGACCUCGCAUGGUACUGGAGCACUGUUCAGAGAACUGCUCUGUCCUCACCAAGACCAAAUACACAUAUUACUGCGGGAAAAAGAAGAGCAAACGUGUCGGCCGCCCACCUGGGGGUCACACCAACCUGGAGGGUGGAGUGAAGAGGAGGGGCCGCAGGAGGAAGAGGAGGAAGCAGCUCUUCGUCCACAAGAAGAGGCGCUCCUCGGCGUCGGUGGACAACACGCCUGCCGGCUCCCCACAGGGUAGUGGAGAAGAGGAAGACUUGGAUGAAGAUGACUCCCUGAGCGAAGACACCGGCUCUGAGCUGCAGGACGACCUCCAAGAUGACUCUGAGCAAUCUGUCGAGAAAUCUCAGCCCGCCACGCCGUCACCCUCCCCGCCGCCGACACCCAGACCCUCACGGAGACGGCGGAAACCCCGCUCUCCUUCCUUCUCCGAUGACGAAAACCACCCUCCUUCACCCAAGACAUCAAAGGUCGAGCCUCCUCAGAAGCUGUGUCUGGACACGAGCCCGCUGGAGUGGAGCGUCUCUGAUGUGGUGCGCUUCAUCCGGACCACUGACUGCGCACCUCUCGCGAGGAUUUUCUUGGAUCAGGAGAUCGACGGUCAGGCCCUUCUGCUGCUGAACCUCCCGACGGUGCAGGAGUGCAUGGACCUGAAACUGGGACCGGCCAUAAAGCUGUGCCACCACAUCGAGAGGGUCAAGCUGGCGUUUUAUCAGCAGUUCGCCACGUAGUCCAUGGGGAAAGUUAAUGGGACAUCACUGCUUCCUGAUCUACGAAUUAAUCCUGUAAAAAUGUGGAAGAAGUUUUAUUUAAAAUGGAUUUUUUUUUUUUUUUUUUUCAUUUUGUCAAGUUUUUUUUUUUUUUUUACACUGGACUUUUUUUUGGCAUUUUUGCAUAAAUCUCAUUCUUUCAGAUAAGCUUGGAUCUUACGAAGUGAGAAAGCGAUAUUUUCCCGACAUAAAGAGCGAAGAGGAAAACAAAACAUUUCAAGCAUUCAAGAAGAGAAUGAGAGACACAUUAAAGACACAAAGAGCCUCUAAGUCGGAGGAGCGUAAAAUCCAUCAAAUCCGGUGACAUUAGAGUUAGACAAUUAAUUGUCAAGGACCUGCUGUCAAGCUCCAAGCAGCCAUUUUGCAUUUUUUCAUAUUGACCUUCUGCCUUCUGAGUGUUUUGGUUCCAACCUGUAUUUUUUUUUUCAUAGUGAAAUUGCUUCUGCUUACAGAGACUUCUUUGAUAAAAAUUUUUUUUCAAUAUUCUUUGUGCAUACAGCAGGCUUAAGUGUUAGCCAUAAAAAAACAAACAAAAAGAGAAAGUUCUUUCUUAAAACAUCUUUAAAUGGAGAGAUUACAGGUGGUGCUGUAAAGGAAACUAAAAUGCAUUGAAAUCCCUGUGGUGUAAGUAAAAGAUGCAACACUUUCAAAGUGCGGCCUUAGCUUUUUCAGAAAUGAGGCCCGAUGCUGUUCCAAUUAACAGCCAAACACGGCAUUCAAGAAGAAAAAUAAUGAGUUAUUUUUUUAUAAUGAAAUUGUUCAAAUGUUGGUGGUUUUGUUCCUGCAAAAACCAAAUUUGUUCUUCCCACGCAGUCGGAAGACCGGUUCGCGCCGAGGGUUCUGCAAUGCAAGCACAAGCGAAACAAGGCACUGAAUGGCGAUGUAGCCCCAGUGCAUGUUUGUACAUAGUGUACAUAAUCAAAUCUUUUAGUAAAACAGGGUGAUUUGGACAAAAGAAUUCUGCGUAAGCAACAUGUAGAUGUCCAAAAGCAUACAGAAUAUUUGCACAGAACAGGCCUCCAACCUUCACGAGAGGGGAGUAUGAUUUUGUUUCGGAAGCAGAUGCAGUUUGUCAUAUCGGAGUAAUUUUUAGCAAACAAUUGGCAGCUCUACAAUACGACGAUCACCAGAAAAUGCUUCUGUAAUUCGCCGUUUCAAGUAGUUUGAAUUUCUAUACGCUUCAUUUUAUGCCCUCCAUUCUUUAAUUUGCUUGUAGGUUCCUCUGUUCUCAGAAAAGCAGAACAAACGUGCGUGAUGUGUAAACAGAAAUGAAAUACUGCAAUAAAGAUCGAUGAGCCCGGGUA